CCCAAGAAACUGGACCGAUCGAUUCCUCCUGUUUCUGGCGAUCGAGAGAGACAGCCCAACCCAUAUACUUAUAUUUGAAGGAGAACGACAUCUUCGUCAUCGUCUUUGUCUCUCCUAUUUCGCUCAUUUAUUGGUUUAAUUUAACCGGUGCCUUCGAUCUCCAACUUCAUCUAUCGAUACAAAUCACUGGCGUCCUCUCCUCGAUCUAACCACCAAAACCCAAAUUCCCAAUUUAUCCCUAUUCUCUGAAUAUUUUUUUUGUUAAAAAAAAACCGUCUUGUCAGAUUUUUUAUACCUUUUUUGUUUUUAUCCCACUUUGAACUUCAAUUGAUUCGAUUCGUUUGUAACCCUUUGUGUGGUAAAUGAUACGUAUAGAAUUCCUGUGUACUUGAGUUUGCGAUCUGUAUCUGGAUUUGAUUUCCCGGUCUGAUCUAGGAGAGUUAUACAUUUAGUUUGCGAUUUGUUUGAUUCUUUCUUUGGGGCGUUGAAAUGGCGGGGCAAAGUCAGGAUCAAUUCGAAGUUUACUUCAGGAGAGCAGAUUUAGAUGGAGAUGGCAGGAUUAGUGGAGCUGAGGCUGUUGCUUUCUUUCAAGGAUCCGGUUUGUCCAAACAAGUCCUCGCUCAGAUAUGGAUGCAUGCUGAUCAGAGCCAUAGUGGUUUCCUCAGUAAGCAAGAAUUUAUUAAUGCUCUCAAGCUUGUGACUGUAGCACAAAGGCGUGAAUUAACACCAGACAUUGUCAAGGCAGCAUUAUAUGGUCCUGCUGCAGCAAAAAUUCCAGCACCACAAAUUAAUUUUCCUCCCACAUCUGCCCCACAGAUGGGUGCAGCUGUGCCAACAUCCUCUUCAAAUCUUGGGUUCAGAGGACUGGGAGUUCCAAAUGCCAGUAUGAGCCAGCAGAAUUUUCCUUCUCAACAAAUUCCAUCAAUGAGACCCGCACAAACCAUGCCUGCUGCUACUGCACCACGUCCUCCUCAAGGUAUUGCCUCUCCAGAGUUCUUUAGGGGACGUAGUAUAGUUGGUCAACCUCAAGCUAUGCCUGCUAGUUCUACCGCUCGCCCACUUCAACCCAUGCCGACUGGUGCUACUGGUCCCAGUUUCACAAAUCAAAACAUGUCAAGUGAUUGGCUUGCUGGAAGGACUGGUGGAGCUUCAACUGGGCCACGAGGGGUCACUCCAUCAACACCAUCGGCUACAACAAAGCCACAAACUGCAUUUUCAAUGUCUUCCCAGCCUACUGCUAAUGAUUCUAAAGCCCUGGUUGUUCCUGGAAAUGGGUUUGCUUCUGACUCAGCAUUUGGAGGUGAUGCAUUUUCUGCAACCUCAUCCGCACCAAAACAAGAAUUAUCUGCACAAACUUUUUCUCCAGGCAGUGCGCCCACCUCGUCAGGGAUUACACCUUUUUCAAGUGUUGCACAACCCAUAGUUAAGUCCAAUUCACUUGACUCAUUGCAAAGUGCAUUCUCAAUGCAUUCUGCUGGCAGUCAAAGUCAAAGGGCAUACUCUUCUUUAACCUCAGCCCCACAGGUUUCGCCCUCAAGUUCCUCCCCUGUUACACCAUCUGGGAUUUCUGUGGGAGCUGUGAAUGCUGCUUCGAACAUUUCCCAGCUUCCAUGGCCAAAAAUGAAACCAUCUGAUGUUCAGAAAUAUACGAAAGUGUUCAUGGAAGUGGACACUGACAGAGAUGGGAAAAUAACUGGUGAGCAGGCAAGGAAUCUAUUUUUGAGCUGGAGGCUACCUAGAGAGGUAUUAAAGCAGGUGUGGGACUUAUCUGAUCAGGAUAGUGACAGUAUGCUUUCUUUGAGAGAGUUCUGCUUUGCUCUCUAUUUGAUGGAGCGGUACAGGGAAGGCUGUCCUCUUCCAUCUGCACUCCCUAGCAAUGUUAUGUUUGAUGAGACGCUCUUGUCCAUGACAGGCCAACCCAAUGUUUCAUAUGGAAAUGCAGCUUGGGGUCCCAAUCCUGGUAUCAGUUUUGGACAGCAGCCAGGGCUGGGUGCCCAGGCAAUGACUCCAUCAACUGGUUUCAGACCUUCAAUUCCCUCAAAUGCUUCUUCUGACUCCACUACAAUGCCCAAUCAACAAAAGUCAAGAGCACCAGAGUUGGAUGAUUCCUUUGCGACCCAAAUUGAUAACAGUGAGCAGAAUUCAGUGAAUGGAGCAGCCCAAGAUGCAAUUGGUGAUGGAAAAAAGGUUGAUGGAACAGAAAAGGUGAUUUUGGAUUCCAAAGAGAAGCUUGAAUUCUACCGUGAAAAAAUGCAGGAACUUGUCCUCUAUAAAAGUAGAUGUGAUAAUAGACUAAAUGAAAUCAUGGAAAGGGCAAUUGCAGAUAAGCGUGAGGCUGAAAUGUUGGCGAAGAAAUAUGAGGAGAAAUACAAACAAGUUGCAGAAAUAGCUUCCAAAUUAACAAUUGAAGAGGCAAAAUUUCGUGAGAUUCAGGAGAGGAGGACAGAGUUGCAUCAGGCUAUUGUUAACAUGGAACAAGGGGGCAGUGCAGAUGGUAUUCUUCAGGUCCGUGCUGACCGCUUACAAUCUGAUCUUGAGGAGCUAAUGAAAGCCCUGACCGAACGAUGCAAGAAACAUGGAUAUGAUGUUAAGUCAACUGCAGUAAUUGAGUUUCCCAUAGGUUGGCAACCGGGAGUUCCAGAGGGAGCAGCUCUUUGGGAUGAAGAGUGGGAUAAGUUUGAAGAUGAAGGAUUUGGCAAUGAGCUCACUGUUGAUGUGAAAAAUGUGCCUGUCUCUCAGAGAGGAAAAGCAUCUCCAGAUGGUAGCUUGACCCCUGAUUCCUCUUCAUAUGUGGAUGAUAAAACUGGGAAUCUUUUCAGUGCUAGUGAACAUGCCCUCGAGAGCGAGUCUGCAUACACACACAGUGAAGAUGAAUCAGCCAGAAGUCCUCGUGGCAGUCCUGCUGGAAGAAACUCUCUAGAAAGUCCAUCUCAACAAUUUUCUGAUGACCAUUUUGGAAAGAGUACUGAAGCAGACGCAGAAACCCAUCGAAGUUUUGAUGAAUCAGCUUGGGGGACCUUUGAUAAUGAUGAUACAGACUCUGUGUGGGGGUUUAAUCCUGUUAAUACCAAGGACUCAGACUCUGAGAAGCAUAGAGAUUUUUUUGGAUCAAGUGAUUUUGGCGUGCAGCCAACAAGAACAGAAUCUCCAAGUGCUGAAAGCUUUUAUGAUAAGAAGAGUCCAUUUACGUUUGAAGACUCUGUUCCCAGCACUCCGCACUCCAAGUUUGGAAACUCUCCAGCAAGGUUUAGUGAGGCAUCGAGGGAUCAGUUUGACAGUUUCUCCACGUUUGAUUCUUUCAGCAUGCACGAUAGUGGUUUUUCACAGCAACCAGAUAGGCUCACAAGGUUUGACUCCAUAAACAGUGGCAGAAACUUUGGCAGCGGAUUUUCACAGCAACCUGAGACGCUCACUAGGUUUGACUCCAUAAAUAGUACCAAAGACUUUGGCCAUGGAUUCUCUUUUGAUGACAGUGAUCCGUUUGGCUCCAGCGGUCCAUUUAAAGUCUCAUCAGACCAUCAGAGUCCGAAGAAAGGUUCUGAUGAAUGGAGUGCUUUCUAGCUGGUAAAUCCCCCUCCUCCCACCGCCCCCCACAAAAAAAAAAAAAAAAAAAAACCGGAAAAAGAUCAAGGAGAAGAAAAAGUGAACAAAUUUCCCCGUCAUGCUCUUCUACUCAUUUUUUCGUUUUGUUCAGUUUUUGUUGAUUGUCCACCUUUUUCUGUGUGCUGUAUAUUCUGCGACAUAGAAUUGGAUUGUUGUAAAAUUGUUCGGUGUGGCCUUGCUGUACUUAAAUGGCGACAUUUUUGGGGGGGGGGGGGGGGGUUGGCAUGCCAGAAUGAGACGGAGAAACAUGCCUGUAGUUCAAGUGCCAUAUUCUUGACCGCAAAAGAAAACAAAAAAAAUUUCUGUUA